AUGUCUUCAAAUCCAUCUUAUGCAUCAGAAAAUAAUCGUCAUUUUUCUACGAAUGAGCAAGGAUACACUGCUUUACCUGUUCUCUCAUCAAUAGAUUCGGCUGACAGUGUUCACAGACUUGAAAGUAAUGAGGAGAGUAAUUCAUUACUUAAUGACGACGACGAUAAGUUUGAUAUCACAGAGGAAGAGCUCAAUCGACCAUGGAAAUAUAAAAUCUUUGCAUUAGUGUGCGCCUUAACUUUGUCUGUUGGAAGUCACUAUGCUGCUCAUACAUUAUCAGCUUUGAAAUCGGAAGUUAAAGAUAAAUUAGGCAUCACAAAUUCUCAAUAUGGAAUAAUACAGUCUUCCGUGUCGCUAGUUAACACAAUCUUACCAAUCCUUGGUGGUGUCUUUAUUGAUACAUUUGGAACAUCAAUCGGGUCAAUCUUGGCCACAUCACUCAUUGCUGUGGGAAAUAUUUUAGUAGCAUUAUCCACUAAUUUGGCAUCAUUUCCUGUGAUGGUGUUCGGUAGAAUAUUUUAUGGAAUCGGAAGUGGAACUAUUGUCACUGUUCAAACUACUAUUCUUAGUCACUGGUUUAAAGGGAAAGGAUUGUCGAUAGCAGUUGGAAUACAAAUUGCUACGUCAAGACUGUCGUCAUUCUUGGGAAAUUUGACUGUUGUUCCAAUAUGGAAAGGUACUGGAUUUUAUGGUUGGGCAUUUUGGUUUGCAGCAUUUCUAUGUGUGGUUUCCUUAGUGAUCAAUAUAUUUUAUAUAUUUGUUAUGAAGAUAAUUAAUGAAAAUCUCUCAGAGCAAGAACUCCAAAAACUUAAACAAAAAAAGUCAUUUAAUCCUAGAAAACUAUUAUAUCUGCCAGUAAUUUAUUGGAUUUUUGUAUUGCUUGAAUUUGAAUUUGGCAGUUCCUGGACUUCAUUUUUACAUGUACACGCUGAAUUGUUAAAAACCCGUUGGGGUAUUUCGGAUGAUGAGGCUGCUUUUCGUUCAAGUUUUGCUCAAUUUUCACCAAUAUUCAUAGCCCCUUUUCUUGGCUAUCUUUUGGACAGAUACGGUAGACGUUCCACCACAUUGAUAGCUUCUGCGAGUUUCCUGGUUCUUUCAAUGUAUCUUAUUGGAUUUACUAUGAUAUCUCCAAUUAUAGGAAUGUUGUUAUUUUCAAUAUCUCUUUCAUUCGGACCGGUAUCCUUACUUUCAUCAAUUCCAAUUAUACUACCAUUAGAUUAUGUUGGUACAGGAUUGGGAAUUAUAAAAUCUUGUUCAAAUAUUGGUUCAACUUUAUUUGACAUUAUUGUCGGUAUAUUGCAAGAUUUAGAUGGUGGUGAAUACAGACUGGUUAUGCAUUUGUAUUUCGUUACCAGUCUUAUUGCUGUUCUCGUUGCUGUAUGGUUGUCAUUUGUAAGCAAAUGGCAUGAUGGAAUAGUAGACAUGAAAGAAGACGAAAGAAGUAAAUAUUAUGAGGAGAUACGAACAAAACAUGAUCAACAAGGGCAGGAAAGACGUAGCAGCUAUGAUAGUCAAGAUAUGCACACGAAGGUUACAUAUCCAUCAAGGCGAAAUUGGGGUUAUGUUACAACUUUCUUUAUG